AUGAAGUUGACAGCUUUGAACAUCUGCCUACUAGCACAUUUCACUUCACUAGUCUCAGCAACUGCGCUUACAUACAUGCUAGGUGCGAAUGAGAGAGCAUGUUUUUACGCCAAUGUAGAAAAGAAGGGUUUAAAGGUCGCAUUCUAUUUCGCUGUACAAUCCGGAGACUCAUUCGAGAUUGAUUAUGAAGUUGUAGGGCCGGAUAGAAAAGAGAUUCUUGAUGGGAUUAAGGAGCGACAAGGAGACUUUGUCUUUACAGCGAACGCCGCCGGUCCUCACGAAUUUUGUUUCAGCAACAAAGUCAGCGCCUCUACGCAAAAACUGUUUGACUUCGAAAUUACUGUUGAAAACGAACAAACAGCAUCAAUUCCUUUCAAACAAGACAAAUCACCGGAACAGACAUCUAACCUGGAGGAAUCUAUAUUUAAGAUCUCGGGUCAACUAUCAACUAUUACUAGAAACCAAAAGUAUUUUCGGACUCGUGAGAACCGCAACUUUAGUACUGUAAGAAGUACCGAACGAAGAAUAUUUAACUUUAGUGUUCUUGAAAGCCUUUUGAUGGUGUGUAUGGCUGGACUGCAGGUCUUUGUAGUGCGAUUUUUCUUCCAGGGUGCAAGAAAAGGCUAUGUGUAG